UUCCAAAAGGGGUUUAGACUCAACAAGUAAAAUAGAAAUUUUAGAAGAAAGUGAGGCAAACACAGAGAGCCCCGCAAUAACUGGAAAUAAAAAACGGUUGGUAAAUCCGAGCACAGGCAGAACUACAUAUAUAAACCCCAAACCAGUCGAGUGGGAGAGGGACGAAAAAGGAAGAAUUAAAAAUAUUAGCAGCGGGAACUUUGUAAGCCUCAAGCGUGAAAUUGAAAGUAGAGGACACUUGUACAAUUUUAAUUCCAUCGAGGAAGGGAGAAGAUACUUAAGAAAAUUAGAAAACGAAAAAUUCGCAGAGGAAAAAUUGUAUGAAUCAGUAGAAUCAGGAUACUUAACGCCAAAAAGUGGAAGGCAUUCUGAAAAAUUGCAAAAUAUAGAGGAUAAGGUAGAUUAUCAGUCGGAGUCAUCAACCUUUACCCCAGCAG